AUGGCACAAGCUCUUGCCAGAGGACUCAUCAACUCAGGCAGAAUCACAGCUGACAAUAUCAUUGCCAGUUCCCCAAAACGUGAUGAGUUUCUGCUUGAUCAGUGCAAAGCAAUGGGAUUGAAUACAACACAUGAAAACGCGGAAGUAGUACAAAAAAGUGAUGUAAUCUUCCUUGCCGUCAAGCCAGUGCAUGUUAGCAAAGUUGCAUCUGAAAUCGCUCCAGCACUCAGCAAAGAACAUUUGGUAGUUUCAAUUGCUCUUGGAAUCACUAUUAGAAACAUUGAAUCCCUACUUCCAACAAAAUCCCGUGUUGUACGUGUUAUGCCCAACACUCCAUCCGUGGUCCGUGCCGGUGCCUCUGCAUUUGCAAUGGGAUCUGCGUGUCGUGACGGAGAUGCUGAAACCGUGGAACGUCUUUUGAGCACUGUUGGUUUUGCAGUUGAAGUUCCAGAGAUUCACAUCGACCCAGUCACCGGUCUCUCCGGUUCCGGUCCUAGUUAUAUGUUUGCUGUGAUUGAAGGUCUGGCGGAUGGUGGUGUCAAAGUUGGAUUGCCACGUGACCUUGCUCUGAAGCUGGCGGCUUAUACACUUCUCGGAGCAGCCAAAAUGGUUUUGGAAACCGGUGUCCACCCAGCUCAACUCAAAGACGAUGUUCAAAGUCCAGCUGGUUCCUCUGUUUACGGAAUGCACAAAUUAGAAACUGGAGGGCUUAAGGGUAUUCUCAUGGAUGCUGUUGAGGCGGCUACAAACCGGUCGAGGGCAACUGGAGAUAAGGCGCUGCCGAGAGACUUCCGAAAUACUGAGAUAGAAAAGGAGAAAGAGUGUGCUGCCAAAUGA